UGUGGGGCGGUCCCCCCGGCAGACCAAGCCGGAGCUGGCGCCGGCUGCCGGGAGCUUACGGGAGGCCGGGAGGGGCGGCGCCAGGGUCGAGCAUCACGAGCUGUAGCGCCGCGGCCUCUCUGCCUACAGCACCACCUGGCGCGGGCCAGGGUCCGGUGAGAGAAAAGAUGUUUUCCCGGGUAAGAGCUGUUGUCACUCCUUGUACUUUGACAUGUCGUCAUUUGCACCUGAAGGAGAAAGGCAAGCCGCUCAUGUUGAACCCACGAACAAACAAGGGGAUGGCGUUUACAUUACAAGAACGACAAAUGCUUGGUCUUCAAGGACUUUUGCCUCCCAAAAUAGAAACACAAGAUAUUCAAGCCUUACGAUUCCAUAGAAACUUGAAAAAAAUGACUAGCCCUUUAGAAAAAUACAUCUAUAUAAUGGGCAUACAAGAAAGAAAUGAGAAACUGUUUUAUAGAAUACUGCAAGAUGAUAUUGAAAGUCUGAUGCCAAUUGUAUAUACACCAACAGUUGGUCUUGCCUGCUCCCAGUAUGGGCACAUUUUUAGAAGACCUAAGGGGUUGUUUAUUUCAAUCUCAGACAGAGGUCAUGUCAGAUCGAUUGUGGAUAACUGGCCAGAAAACCACGUUAAGGCUGUCGUGGUGACUGACGGAGAGAGAAUUCUGGGUCUUGGAGAUUUGGGUGUCUAUGGGAUGGGGAUCCCCGUUGGGAAGCUUUGUUUGUACACAGCAUGUGCAGGAAUACAGCCCGAGAAAUGCCUGCCUGUGUGUAUCGACGUGGGAACUGAUAACAAAGCACUAUUAAAAGAUCCCUUUUAUAUGGGCUUGUAUCAGAAACGAGAUCGUUCCCAACUGUAUGACGACCUGAUUGAUGAGUUUAUGAAGGCGAUUACUGACAGAUAUGGACGGAACACACUCAUCCAGUUUGAAGACUUUGGGAAUCAUAAUGCCUUCAGGUUCUUAAGAAAAUAUCGAGAAAAAUACUGUACUUUCAAUGACGACAUUCAAGGGACAGCUGCAGUUGCUUUGUCAGGUCUUCUCGCGACCCAAAAAGUUAUUAAUAAACCAGUCUCAGAACACAAAAUCUUAUUUCUUGGAGCAGGAGAGGCCGCCCUUGGAAUUGCAAACCUUAUAGUCAUGUCUAUGGUGGAAAGUGGCCUCUCAGAAGAGGAGGCACGGAGGAAGGUCUGGAUGUUCGACAAGAACGGCUUACUAGUUAAGGGGCGGGCUGCUAGCAUAGAUAGUAACCAGGAACCGUUUGCUCACUGUGUCCCAGGGAACAUACCUGGAACUUUUGAAGAUGCAGUAAAUGAACUUAAGCCUUCAGUUAUAAUUGGAGUGGCAGGUGCUGGCCGUCUUUUUACUCCUGGCGUAAUCAGGGCCAUGGCCUCUAUCAAUGAAAGGCCUAUAAUAUUUGCAUUAAGUAAUCCUACAGCACAGGCUGAGUGCACAGCUGAAGAAGCAUAUACACUCACAGAGGGCAGGUGUUUGUUUGCCAGUGGCAGCCCGUUUGAGCCAGUGCGGCUCCAGGAUGGACGAGUCUUCACCCCGGGCCAAGGAAACAACGCGUAUAUUUUCCCAGGUGUGGCCUUAGCUGUUAUUCUCUGUCAGACCCGGCACAUCAGUGACAGUGUUUUCUUGGAAGCUGCAAAGGCACUGACAAGUCAGUUGACCGAUGCAGAGUUAGCCCAAGGGAGGUUGUACCCAUCACUUGCUAACAUCCAGGAAGUUUCUGUUAACAUUGCUAUUAAAGUUGCAGAAUACCUGUAUGCUAACAAAAUGGCUUUCCGAUAUCCAGAGCCUGAGGACAAGGCCAAGUACAUUAAAGAAAGAAUAUGGCGGAGUGAUUAUGUUUCCCUGCUCCCGGACGUGUACGAUUGGCCGGAGUCUUCACUGAAGCCUCCUCAGAUGUCCGAAUAGAAACUGCCCCAUUAAGACAUUCCAUGCUUCAGAGAACCACUAUUUUUAGACAAAAAGAUAAUCUUCUCAGAGUUGCGGUGUCGCCUGUGCUUUAUUCCUCCACACCACUUGCUUGGCAUCUCUUUCUGUGAAUCUCUCUCCUUGGGGACACACGUGUUGACUAUACUGCUAAUGCCCACCAGUGCCCACAGUCCAGUACUGAGACCGCGUCAGUCCUGACGGUUGUCGCCAUUGUGCCCUUGUUGGAGCUGGCCACGGUCAUCUUGCUGUUACAUGAAUGUAUCCUCCACCUCCACUCAGCUCUUCCAGGGCUGUGGAUCUGGGUACAGAGUAUUGAGAAGAAGCCAAAAUUUACCUAAUUCCAAAGAAAACUUGUCAGUACUUAGAACUUUCUUUUAUAUGUACUUCAUUUUACUUUUGUGCUCUGAAAUCCAUUUGUAGUAUACAGAUCUGGGGAAAUAAGAAGCAAACUCCCGAAUUUUCUGGAACUAAAUCAAGGCUAACUAACAUUAUAGACGAGGGGGAGGAGCCAGUGCUGCCUUUAGACAAGCUGAAGAGUCACUUGCAACACUGUACAAAAAUAAAUACUACUUAUUUAAUAAAAGUAAUAGCUUACAUUUAAUUGUUUCAGUUACAUUAUCUUAUUGAUCAAACAGAAACCUAGGUUUGUUGAUGCUGAAAACAGUUUCAUUGUCUUCACGUCUACUUGAGGGAGUGUCACCGACUAGCAGCUUAUGUCAUGUGACUUGGAAAUCGUAUCUGAAGGACUUGACUACAUACAACCUAUACCUUUUUUCUUUCUGCCAUGUUCUUUGUAGUCAUUUGGGAUUCUCCUGUGACUCAUUCCUGUGAGUAUUGGUAGUGACAUCUUUCUCUGCUGAGAAUGAAUAAUAGGUUUCCAAACUCAGUGGAUAUAAAUAAAGUAGAAUUAGACCAGGAAAUGCCUUUUGUUUUCUCGAGGCAGGGUCUCAUUGUGUAGCCCUGGCUGUCCUAGAACUAACUCUAGACCAGGCUGGCCUAGAACUCACAGAGAUCCACCUGCAGAGUGCUAGGAUUAAAGGUGUGCACCACUCCACCUGGCGGAAAAUACUGCUUUUAUCCCAGGAAGAUAGCAAACGCUAUGUAAAGACAUCAGUGUUCACAGGUCACAUAUCGGGGAUGCUGAAGGACCUCUCUGAAGUAUUUUGAGAAGUAGUAGUGUGGCGGUGAUGUUUGCCUGUCUAGAUGCUUUGAGGGACAAAGCUCGUUUUUGUUAUGAGACUGUAGCAAGGUGGCCUGGAACUCACUGUGUGUCCCUGGCUUGCUUCUAGCUGCUGAGAUCAUAGUUACAAACCACCAUGCCCUGCUCAGGACCAGAACUUAAGGAUGCUCACCCUGCAAUGGUAGCAGUACAAAGCAGUUCAUAAUUACAUAUCACAGGACAUACUUUAUGCUCUCUGUCGGUGAAAAGGAUCUUUUCAGCUUCACUUAAAGAAAUUGAUUUAAAAUUCGGAUACCAAGACUGCUUAGUGUAUACCAGACCUUGGGGUCAGUCCACAGGACCACCCCAAAAAGAAACAGACUUGAAAUGGCUUUGGCAUUUUAAGUAUGGUUAGAUAUGGUGGCUAAUUUAACAUAUGCAUAGUCAGAAGAAUGUUUAGCAAAAUACGGCAUAGUUUGAUGCCUUUGAAGAUGAAAGCUUAUACAACCCUGGAUCCAGCACUGAGGCAGGAGGACCUCAAGUUCAAAGCCAGACUGGACGGCAUAGUAUCUAUCUUCUGGUUUGCAGAAAUGAGCCCACAAAGUGAAAGCAAGAUGAUCCUGUGGUUGUUAAGGCCCUUGUCUCCAAGCCUUGACAUUUAAAUAUAGUUCCAGGACUCAUAUGGUGGAAAGAGCCAACUUCCAGAAAUUGUCGUCUAACACACAUACACACCAUAAAUAAAUGUAACAAAAAUUAAGAGGUUUUAUGUUUUGUUAACAUGUAUGUGAAAUCUUAAUUUUAAUAUUACAAGU